ACAAAUAAAUGUUGUCACGUGAUUUUACGGAAGUACCAGUGAGCCAAACAGAAAACAAGAUGGCAUCGCCACCGGGUGGAGGAGAUCAAGGAGACUCCAGAGAUCCGAUAUUGGAAAUAGGAGCUGUAUUAUUAAAGGAUUUCAUCUAUGAACGGGUGCGUCGACAUGGGGACAGCAAUACUGUGGUGACCAGGCAACAGCUGGGUGGGGGAGAGCUGUGUGACCCACAUCUUAAGGAGCUUGCUCACUGUCUGCAACAGAUUGGAGAUGAACUGGAUGGAAAUGCAGAGCUCCAGAGGAUGAUAAACGCUCGGUCUCUCGAUCCUACGAGUGACAUGUUUAUAAAAGUUGCCCGUGAGAUAUUUUCUGAUGGAAAAUUCAAUUGGGGCAGGGUGGUUGCACUCUUCUACUUUGCCUGUCGACUCGUAAUCAAAGCUCUUAUAAAAAAUAUACCUGAUAUCAUCAGAACCAUAAUUACAUGGACUAUGGACUACCUCAGGGAACAUGUGGCCAACUGGAUAAGGGAGCAAGGUGGCUGGGAGGGUAUUCGUUCCUACUUUGGCACUCCCACAUGGCAGACGUUGGCGGUAUUCCUGGCAGGAGUGCUCACCGCUUUUCUUGUCAUUCGCAAGAUGUGAGGGGCAUAUAAAGAGCAGACAGGAGAAAGAUGGGAAGAACUACGACUGAGGGAACAGGAACAAAAACAACUGAAAAUCAGAGGGUCACUGAAAUAAGUUAUGAUGGAGUGGUAAAGUUGAUCAGGAGAAACGCUCUUUGUUUCUGUCUCCCACUCGUGUGAAAUCGGGAGUUGGACUGAAACCACUGUCAUCGUUCCCAUGGCCGCUACCUCUCUUGAGGAAGUGAGAUGAGGACGAAUACACGUGUAAACAAAAUUCAAAAGGAGAGGUUGCCAGACUUGAACAAAGAAUGGAGCUUUUUUAAUAAUUUAUUUUUUACUCGGUACAGGUAAAGUCACUGCAUUGUCUUUUCUCCUCCUUAUAAAAUAUAUUGGCAGAAGUUUGAUUAAUCGAAGAUGUAUUUCUGUUAUUUUUAGUUGUAGUUUUUUUUUUUCUUUCAACUCAUCUUACAUUUCUUAUCUUCCUACUCCAUCCUUUCAUCAUGAUGUCUGUAUGCCAAUUAAUUCAUUUGUAUUUGUGCAAGGUCGCAGGUGAAAAUGUGUUACCAGUCUGCUGGAAAUGAACAAGUUAGAUGGCGGUCACUUCCUGUCAAGUUAAUGAGAUGUUUCACAGUUAUUAAAUUAGCUUUAAAAAAGAAAAACAGUGCCACACCAAGGAGCAGGUUUGUUUACAUUUAACAGAAAUCAAGUUAGACAGAAUUAAAAUAAAUAGACUGAAUUAAAAUCGUCAUCUUUCAUAGCAUUCAAUCACACGCUGUUUUGGGACAUUUCUGACUUCCGUUGCGACCUUAAUAAGGCUCUGAGUGAAAAAAAAAAAAAAAAGAAACUACCCGUUGGGUUUGAGAGCAUCUAUCAACA